AUGAUGGACAUCGCCGCACUCAGCGAGACCCGCUUCUCCAAGCGACACCAACUGGAGGAGGUGGGUGCCGGUUACAACUUCUUCUGGAGCGGUCGCCCCAGGGCAGAGCGUCGGGACGCGGACGUCGCCCUUGCCAUCCGGAAGGACAUCGUCAGACGACUGUCCUGUCUGCCGCGGGGCACCCACGAUCGCUUCAUGAGCCUUCGCCUGCCUCUCCGGGGAGAUAAAUUCGUCGCCAUCGUCAGUGUUUACGUCCCCCCCCCCCGAUAAACAGCCCCGAUGCUGCAGGGGACAAAUUCUCCGAAGACUUGCACACCCUCCUGGGAUCUGUGCCGAAGGCAGAUAAAAUAAUAUACCAUGGUGAUUUCAACGUCCACGUCGGCACAGGCCAUGCUGCCUAGAGAGGCGUGCCAUGUUCCAAUGGUAUCGACGCCUGCAAUGACAGUGACCUGCUCCUCCUACGAACCUGCGCAGAACACCGACUCAUACCGACCAACAUCUACUUCCGCCCCCGACGCGAGAGAAGGCCAUCCGGAUGCAUCCUCAGUCCCAAUACUGGCACCUGCUGGACUAUGUCCUCUUCCGGAAGCGGGAGCAGUUGAACGUGCUGGUGACACAGGCGAUUCCGGACGCCGACGGAUGAACCGAUCAUCGUUCCGUCAUCUUCGAGGUGCGGAUUAGCCUACAGCCUCGCCGUAUACCUUAAGGUCAGUCAGUCAGUCAGUGUAUUUGAGGGAAAUAGGCUUACGCCUUUGAACUCCAUAUUUGUACAUAAAAAAUCGAUAAACAAGCAAAAAUGUGAAGAAAUUACAGCAUUAAGUGAAUGCAUACAUUGAUUUACAUAUGUCACUAGUCACAUGGCUAAAAAGUCACAUAGUCCGCUUGUUGCUGUAGCAUAUAUCUGUCAAGGCGACAUUUAAAUGUCUCCACAGAUUGAGACAUAACAACCUUCUCGGGCAGGUUUUUCCACGGUUCCACGACACGGUUGGAGAAGAAAUAUUUUCUCACAAUCAGUCUACCCUGUGGCACACGUAGCUUGAAGGGAUGUCCCCGGAGGUGAGUUGUAGUGGCGAGUUGGAAAAAGUCAUCGUACCGAAGGGCCCAAUCCAAGCCGCGCACGAUACGGAAAGUUUGUAUCAUGUCUCCGCGCAACUGCCUAUAACUCAGAGGAUAGAGAUUAAGGUUAGUUAAGCGGAUCUCAUAUGGCAGUGCACUUUGGCCUCUUACUAAUUUUGUGGCUCGCCUCUGCACCCUUUCGAGCAGAUCGUAAUCCUGAUGCGUCCACGGUCUCCAGGCCUGAAUUGCAUAUUCGAGAUGGGGCCUCAUAAACGUGCCGAAGACUUUGGUGAAGCAGGCUUCAUCGAAAACUACGAAUGCCCGCUUGAUGGCAUAUAGCAUUGACGUUGCGGCCUUGGCCGCCUUACAGCAUUGUGUAGAAGGCUUUAGGCUGUCUGCAACCCAAACUCCGAGAUCUUUCUGAGUUUCUGCUUCUCGUAGUGGCAUUCCGUUCAGAUGGUAUUGCCGCAUACUAGGGCUCUGAUUUCAGAGGCGCAGAAUGGUGCAUUUGUUCAAAUUGAAGGACAAGAGCCAUCUGCGGGACCACUCGUCCAACCGACAAAGAUUUUCUUGGAAGUUGGUCUCAUGGGCAGCAUUCUGGAUGACUUUCCAGAUCUUUAUGUCGUCCGCAAACAUGGCACAAUCACAGUCCAACCCAUCUACGCAAUCAUUGAUGAACAAGAGAAAGAGCGUUGGUCCGAGCACCGAGCCUUGUGGGACCCCACUCUCUAUGAAUGUGCACCUUGA